CACCGCAUGUCGAUAUGAGCAACCCGCGGAUUCAUAAGUAGGACAAGUUUUUUUAAAUACUAUUUACAUAGAGCAUGUGAGAACACAAACAGGAUUUCAAUGGCACUUCUACCUCAGUGUUAACGGACUGCGUUACCUUUGACGAAGAAACAACUUAUUGACUGUCAAGGCGCUCCUACAUCGUUAUGGUCUAGAAGUUUAGCGGAAAACAGUAAAGAUAAACAGUAUCGUCUCAGCGUGUCACUUUUGAUAAAAGUUGUGCAGGUGAUAGGAUAUCAAAAUGGUCAGAAACUACCAGUACAUUUUUGAACAGAAAGAUGAUGUGACUUUUAAUGCAGUGGAUUACGUUGUGUUCGGUGCCACAUUGCUGAUUUCGGCUUCCAUUGGACUUUACUAUGCCAUCAAGGACAGGAAAAAGACGGAUGAAAAGGAGUUUCUUUUGGCCGGACGGUCGAUGCAGACAUUUCCCGUUGCUCUGUCCCUACUGUCCAGUUUUAUAUCCGCUAUCACCUUACUGGGGACCCCGGCGGAGGUGUACUCUAAUAACACUAUGUAUUGGUGGAUCUCCAUUGGAUUCAUCAUAUCAGCCGCGGCAACUGCCCACAUCUUUGUUCCCGUUUUCUACCGGCUGGAAAUUACCAGUGUCUUUCAGUAUAUAGAACUACGGUUUGGCCAUGUGUGUCGUGUGCUGGGUUCCUUAAUCUAUCUGUUGUGGAUGCUGCUUUACAUGUCGGUUGUGCUGUAUGGGCCAUCCCUCGCUUUGAAUGCAGUGACGAAUUUGUCGUUGUGGGGUUCUGUAAUUGCUGUUGGACUUGUCUGUAUUUUCUACACUACCCUGGGCGGAAUGAAGGCCGUCGUGUGGACAGACUCUUUUCAGAUGUUAAUCAUGUUUGCCGGGAUGCUUGCUCUGCUGAUUUCCGGUAGUAUGAAACUGGGUGGCCUCGAUGUGGCUUGGGAUAUUGCCAACAAGAACCAAAGGAUCAUGUUCUUUGAAUUUAACCCCGACCCCUCUGUUCGCCACACAACGUGGAAUGUGAUAGUUGGUGGGGGGUUCUUCUGGAUGGCCAUUUACGGAAUCAACCAAGCUCAAGUUCAGCGAGCUAUCUCGGUACCAUCAGUGAGACAUGCUAAGAUUGCAUUAUGGCUGAACUUCCCCGGUAUGUUUUUGAUUCUCUCCCUUGUGUGUUCUGUCGGCGUCGUCAUGUAUGCGUUUUAUUCCGAGUGUGACCCGGUCAGUCUGAAAAUUAUCAGCAAAACGGAUCAGUUGAUUCCUCUUUUUACAAUGGACUUGUUGGGGCACUUGCAUGGAAUACCUGGAUUGGUCUUGUCAUGUGUCUUCAGCGGAAGCUUAAGUACCAUAUCCUCCGGCCUCAAUGCCGUGGCUGCCGUAUUGCUUGAAGACUUUGUGAAACCCUACUGUUGCAAAAAUAUUACGGGUUACGCUGCCACUUUAUUCUCCAAAGCUGCAGUGGUUGGCUGUGGUCUUGUUUGUCUUGCGUUGGCUUAUUUUGUCUCUAACCUUGGAGCAAUUUUACAGCUUGCAUAUGUUCUGUUCGGCAUCCUCGGUGGCCCACUUUUGGGACUGUUUACUUUCGGAAUGCUGUGCCCCUGGGGGAAUGCAUGGGGAGGAAAUGUAGGCCUAGUAACAGCUCUGGCCUUUGUGGCAUGGAUUGGCCUUGGAACCUCUUUGAAUAAUGUGGUCAUCACCCCCAAAUCGCCUGUGACCACGGCAGGAUGCAACAUGACAGCCAUCAACGCUUUAAAUAGAGUGACCACCACGAUUGCUUCCACUACCGCUGCUGUCAUGGAAAGCACCACCCCAACUGUACCAGCACCACCGAAGGACUAUUUUCUGUUGUACCGCAUGUCCUAUAUAUGGUAUACUGGGUUAGCGGUGAUAACUGUGGUCAUUAUAGGCAGCAUUGUGAGUCUUAUAACGGGGGGUCAUAAAAAAAUGUCGGAGUUGGAUCCUCGUGUGAUCUGUCCUUUCUUUGACGUGUUCAUGCCAUUUUUACCCGAGUCCUUCCGUCGUAAGAUGAGAUGUGGCGUCAGACAUGGAGAUGAGAACUUUAUUGCAAAGUUCAUGAAGUCUCAGGAACAGAAACUGCAGCACGAUGGAAUAGACAACAAGGCUUUGGAUAUGUCGGAUAUCAGUCUAUCCGAAAAGAAAGAAAUAAAAAAUGGUUACACGCAUAAUGACCUCUCCACGAAACUGUAGAAAGUCCACUAAAUACGGUCCAGUCUAAGCACAGCACCUUAUAGUAUGCUUCAGAGAGAGACUGCAUAAUCAUUAGACAAAACAAUUUGAUGCAAAGCAUCUAAUCAAUCGCUAAAGUUUUAAGCAUUCUAGACUAUUUCCAAGGAAAAUUACGGGAGAUCAAGUAUAACAUCUUUCAUUUAAAGGAAGUGAACAUGAAAAAAAUAUUUGUUGCAUAAUAAACUUAAAAGACCUCUUGAAACUAAAUAAUGUGGCCUGAAUCUAAUUUGCUUGUUUCUAUUACGAGAUUUGACCAAUUAAACACUCUUAAGUUAAAGGUUUAUGGAGGUCAUCCAUUAUUUCCCAGUAUGCAUCUGUGCUCUGACGUAGAUGAGACACAUUACUGUUGUUGACUGGGUCACUAUUAUACAGCAGAAAAUUAUGGAUUCAUAUUAGAAUUGAUGGAUAAGAUUUUGGAGCAAAAAGAAUUGAAAUCAAAUCUAAUUACAAUACAUUAAGAAAAAGAAGAAAACACUCCCACAAAAUAUCUCCAGCUCCUCCAACUUCUGAACUUACUCAGAAGCACUAGUACUGUUAUAUUUCAAAAUUCCAAAUCAAUUAAUUUUAUUAGAUUUUAAAAUAUUUGGAGAUAAUUUAGGUGACUGUGUCAUAAAAGUACUGCAAUAUAGGCAUUAAUUUAUAUAUUUCAUAAUAAUUGAUGUACAUGGACCACAGAUGAAUUUCGGAAAUGCAAUUUACAGCUAUAUUAUUUAUUUACACUAAUAAAAAUUACUUAUUCAGAAUCUGUAUCAAAGUCUGAGGUUUCAAGAAAUCCUUUAUAAUUGCAGUGCUCUUUAGGAAAUGCUCCCUUAAUUUAUGUCACAACAAAUGAAGGUAAAACUACUCUUAUCCCCCCCCCCAGAGGCUGACCGCGUCUGACCUAGUUGAUAAACUGUCUGUAGGCCAUAAAUCUUGAUAGCAUGCCUGAAACAGAAUUGUCACUGUAUUCUAUCACGUGUGUAUGUAAUUGGAAAUAUUUACACACAAAUGCCAUGUUAUGUUUAGAUUUUAAUACAUGUAAAUACAGAAGGUAUUUUUCAUUUUCGUGUUAUUCUUACUUGUUUAACAAGUUGUUAUCCAAGUCCUCUGAGACCCUUCCUCUCUGGAUACAUAAAUCCAUGGAUAAAUGUAAACUGUAUCAAUUAUAACAGGACUUAGACACACCAUGUCAAAAUAUGGGUGUAGAGAACCGCACUUUAUGUACAUAUCCAUGUAAUCUGACACAAAAUAUUCAAACUCAUGACAACAAAGACACCCCUUAAAUGUACAUAAUUCCUCUCUCAUUAAGAUCAAUUGCUGGUAAAGAAGAGUUAUUCUGAGAAGCAAUUUCUUCCUCUGUAACAUCAGGUUCAAACUGAUAUCCCAUAUUUAAUUCACUUUCUGCUUAUGACACUUUAACGUUGAUGCUUACAAUGAGCCAAAAAUACACAAUGUGUCCUACUGACAUCAGCAUCAGUGCUGCCCUCUAGUGAAUGCUAACAGAUAACCCAGCAGGGAGAUAAUAAUUUUUUCAAUAUGGCAUCUCCCAAGGAUUGAAAAAAUUAGUUAAUCUUUAUGAAAUAUCUCCCUACUGAAGAAAGCUACAUCUUAAUGAUUUUCAGAAUUCAUUAUAUACAUUAAUUGACAAAUUAAAACCCUUUGUCACAUUUUCAUGUUCACUUCCUUUAAAAUUGGAAAUAGAAGACACAAUUUUUUGAUAUACAAUGUAUGUACUCGCUGUAUAAAAAGAUCAUUAAUACUACUAGGUAUACAAGAACGCUGGUGUGGUUUUCAAAAUUGAUAAAUUUAUGGAAAUAUUUGUUCAUAACACGUAAAUCAAUAAUGCAAUAUGGAAGUUUGAAGUGCAUUAUAAUAAACACAUUGUUUGAAGAAAAAAAUAGAACAUUUAUACUUAUAAUGCAGGUGUUGUGAUUAAUAUAUCUACCCACUGAAUGAAAGCGAGAGAAAGUAAUUUCUUAUAGAAAAUCUGGAGAUUUUGUGUGUGCUUUUCCUGGGUUUUUAUUCAAGUUUCAUGUCUAUUUUGAAGUGCUUAUUAAAUAUUGCAAUUUGCAUUUGAGAAGCUGAAUUGAAAUGCAAAGGAGGCAAAGGCGAAUAUUAUUAGAAAUCAAACAUGCUUCGGAAUAUGGAAUGGCAAGAAAACUAACGUGGCCUUGUGUCUGCAACUCCGAUUUGUUUUUUUGGUUGGUUUUCUUUCUUUUUUCUUUUUUUAAAAAUAUUCCUAUCAAGAUCAAGGAGACAGGUACAUGUAGUUUGAUUAAAAUGGACGUGUCCUCCUGUACUCCUCAUUCCCUGACCCUGGAGUCAGAGUGGAUCCCAUCCCUGAUACUGGAGUCAGAGUGGACCCCAUCCCUGACCUGGAGUCAGAGUGGGUCCCAUCCCUGACCUGGAGUCAGAGUGGAUCCCAUCCCUGACCCUGGAGUCAGAGUGGGUCUCAUCCCUGACCUAGAGUCAGAGUGGGUCUCAUCCCUGAACCUGGAGUCAGAGUGGGUCUCAUCCCUGAAUCUGGAGUCAGAGUGGGUCCCAUGUGAGUGUUGUUCGACGGGCAUCUUAUUUGUUUAUAUAAUAUUAGCGCAUGUCAAAGAAUGUUGAUUUAUAAUAUGGAAAUUAUGUUACGACAUACUAAGAAGGAUAACUCCAUUAUAUUUAGGAAAGUGUCCAUGUAGAUCAUGUGAUACCAUGUAAAUGAUAUACCUGUAAAUAUCACUGCCAUUAUCAUAUUGUAAAAUUUGAAAUUUUACCCUGUCCAAUUUAACUUGACAGCAUUAACACUUGAAAUUGCAGUUAUUUCAAAGUUUUCCUAAGUAUACUUAGCUACUACACGUUCUUACCUAGUUCUCUUAUUGUGCUGUCCAGAUUAUGUGCAGAGCUAUAUCAGAGAGAGAAAGAUUAAAUUCAUAGAUGUUUGAUUGACAAACAUUCACUAUGAUGUGUUGAAUAAAUUUACACAAAAUAAGUGUCGUGACAUGCCAGGUAUUGCAUGCAUAAUGGGGAAUGAUUAUUGAAAAGUAACAUUAUGUACUUAGGUUUUUAGUUCGUGUGUAAAUUUCAUUUUUUCUAUUAUUUUUUUUUUCAUUUGAAUCCACGUAGAGAAGAUUAACACGUAUUGCUUUAUUCUUUUUUUUAACAUACUGAUAGAUGUUUAAAUACAUACGUCUUUUGUAUGAAUAACCGGUUCUUGCCUGCUUAGAAUCACCCCUUCCUUACUUCUUAAACUUAAUAACAAUGAAGGUUGGACAAAUGUAUACGGUCAAUUAUUUCAAAUCCUUUCUUGUAUAGAACACUUGAAAACGGUAUUUAAAAGAUUCAACUAGUUUCAGAUUAUAUAUUUGCUAUGGGUACUCCCCAACUCGUAGCAUCGUUUUUUAGCAGAUGGGGGGGGGGGGGGGGGGGGGGGGGGCAAAUUAACAAUAUGUUUACUUCUUCACAUUGUCUAAAAUUCUUAACAAGCCAACAUUCUCACCUCUAAUUUUAAAAACUUUAUAGCCCAAACUUCAAAAUCUAAAAUCGGGGAAGGGGCUUCUUCCUUCACUAUGUGGGCUGGGUUCAAUUCAUCAUCAUUCUUGCUAUUCAAUACUACUAUAAAAAGGAGGGGACGGUCACCCGAAAUAUCAAACUCUAUAUGUGAAUAUUGCUAUAACUUUGCAUGUAAAAUGAACGUUGUCAAAAAAAUAUUUCCCAUUUCUAUUGGCUGUUCUCUAAUGGUGGCUACCUACAAUCAGAUCUGACUUUACCUGCAGCAUGUAGUGUCGGGGGGGGGGGGGGGGGGGUCACUAACUUUACCAACAGCAUGUAGUGUCGGGGGGAUCACUAACUUUACCUGCAGCAUGUAGUGUCGGGGGAAAUCACUAACUUUACCUACAGCAUGUAGUGUCGGGGGAAAUCACUAACUUUACCUGCAGCAUGUAGUGUCGGGGGAAAUCACUAACUUUACCUACAGCAUGUAGUGUCUGGGGGAUCACUAACUUUACCUGCAGCAUGUAGUGUCGGGGGAAAUCACUAACUUUACCUACAGCAUGUAGUGUCGGGGAAAAUCACUAACUUUACCUGCAGCAUGUAGUGUCGGGGAUAAUCACUAACUUUACCUGCAGCAUGUAGUGUCGGGGAUAAUCACUAACUUUACCUGCAGCAUGUAGUGUCGGGGAUAAUCACUAACUUUACCUGCAGCAUGUAGUGUCGGGGAUAAUCACUAACUUUACCUACAGCAUGUAGUGUCUGGGGGAUCACUAACUUUAUCUACAGCAUGUAGUGUCGGGGGAAAUCACUAACUUUACCUGCAGCAUGUAGUGUCGGGGGAAAUCACUAACUUUACCUACAGCAUGUAGUGUCUGGGGGAUCACUAACUUUACCUGCAGCAUGUAGUGUCGGGGGAAAUCACUAACUUUACCUGCAGCAUGUACUGUCGGGGUAAAACACUAACUUUACCAGUAGCACUGUUUUGGAGUAAUGUUAGUAAAUGUUGCUGACUUGUUUGGCGGGAGAAGUGUCACUGUUUGAUUUAGCAGUCUUUCAGAGAAAUGUCGCUAACUUGCCCAGAUAAUGUUCAAAGCUAGUUCUUGGAAGAAACUUUAGUUUUCUAGAAACAGGUCCAUGUAUAUGUUGUAUGAUGGAGACGGGGUGGGGUGGGGUCUCACUUGAAUGAUUAGUCCCAUUUUGAAUUUUCAUCUACUAUGACAGUUGAAUAGCCCUAAUAUUAGAAGAUUCGUUAUUAAGCGGCAUCAACCUGUCGUGGCUUAGGAAAGGGUAUUCCAGCGGUACCUUAGUAAUGAAAAUUUAUCACUUGUCCACUUAAAGUCCUGGUUGUGCCCAUAACGACAAACUCAAAUUAUGGCAGCCAAACGUUGUAAUAUUAUGAAUGUUUUUUUGUUUGUUUUUUUUUCAUUUCUAUUGUAUGUUUUCCAUUUGUAUUGUAUAAUUAAUCAUUUAUAUUGUAAACUUUUUCAUUUAUAUUGUAUGAUUUUUCAUUUGUGUUGUAUAAUUUUUUAUUUGUAUUUUAUAAUUUUUCAUUUGUAUGAUUUUUUUUAAUUUGCACCCUUUUCCACUGCAUGUACUCUCACGUAUUUUCAAAAAUGAAAUUCAUGUUUUAUAGUUAUAUUUUAUAUUCAUUUCUGUCGGAAUUCCUUAGUCGUUAAAAUGGACCUACUAUAUCAUCCAGAUUAAUACGCACAUUCUUCAUAACUGCAACGUAUUCACGAGGUAAUGACUAUCGUGCGGACGAUUAUUACAUGUUAUGGUUUUAGAAAGACGAGUGUGAUUAACUAUAGACCUACAUCAGAAAAUGAUAAACUUGAUUAUAUAUACAUAUAUCAAAAGCCAUCAUUAUUUUAAUAAAUCAAGCCAUGAAAGUUACCUAUAUUUAAUCAUGAUUUUUACAAAUACCUUGAGGUUUUUUUUCUUCUUUUUUUCAGCGAAUAUGUAUAUAUACCGAAUUUGUUAAUUAAUUCGUACAAUUUAUUUUUGCAUUAAAAGAGAUAAUUCAACUCUGUUUUGCUUCAAGUAAUCAGAGUUUGUAAUUUUUAUUUUCUCUUUGUUUUAUUGAUUUUAUUUUAAUAUCCUUACGUUCGUUUUUUUCUUUUAAAGGUUAUAUAAAUAUGGUAAUGAUUUAUACAUGUAAGUUUCGUGGGGACAUUCUCAUGUGAUAUAUCCAUAUUAUAUUUUUGUUCUAUAACCAAAACUCGAGUGGUAAUGUGAAUUUUAGUGUGAUUUGACCAUUUCUCUAGCCAAUACCGAACAAAAUGUGUUUUGUUACUUUUUUCUUUUGCUUUUUUAAAAGUUCCUUUUGAUAAUAUAUAUACGUGUAUAUGUUUUACAAAUUGUAAAAAAAAAAAAAAAAAAAAAAAAAAUACAAGGCAUCAAAUUUGUAUGUAUAGAUUGUGCCAAGUUUCAAAAGUACAUGUAUAUAGAUAAGAUAAGAUAAGUUUAUUCCAAUUUUGGGCCCAGAGGGCAUAACAGUAAGACAGUUUAUAAAGAAGAAAAUUAAAAAAAGAAAGAAAGUUUACAACAUUAACUACAGGUUACAUAGACUGCAUGUGGAUGCAGCAUGUUGGGGAAACAAGUACAUACAUAUAUGAAUUGCUAAUCAUGUAUAUACACAAGUAAAUGGACAAUAUCAGUAUUAUACCAACAUAUGAAUAAUAAACUAUAAUGAUUUUUGCAGUUUAAAGCAUCACUUCUUUUUCUGAAAGUUUGCACUAAAUAUUCACUCAAUUUAACAAUUACUGGUUUGUCUUCGUUAAUCAUCAACCAAGUAAAUUUGUCCUUAUUUGUUAGAUAGAUAAAUUUUUGUUGAGCCUGUAUAUACCAUUAAAAAACAUAUUUCUCUCCUCAACAUAGAAUGGACAAUCAGUAAGGAAAUGAAAUUCAUCUUCUACACAAUUAAGGUUACAUAAUUCACAUAUUCUUUUGUUUCUUUCUAAAGAAAUCUUCUGGCCAGAAUUGGUUUUUGUAAAUUCAUUAUAUAUGUAUUACUAAUAUAUUCGACUCUGAAGCUUUUGGAACUUUAAAUAAAACAGGUUACUCCAUUUUA